GGAAUUGACGGCGGGCAUUCUCUAGACAGCCCCUCAAUCAUGGCUUCUCAAUAUGCAGCGGAGCUUUGCGCGCUCUUGGUCGAGGAUAAUUUUGGAGAGCUCUUUGCGGUAUGCCCACGGCCUGAAUCUCAUCACUUAUCUCGCUUUCAACACAUUGUACAGCUGGCAACGCUGGGCAAUCGAAUUUCGGAGGUGGAGCUAGACUGACAUUGUCAUCACAAUGACAGCGUAUCUUCUCAACCCUGCAGCGUUAUGACCGACUGUCUUUUCCUCGCCUUAAAUUCUACUCGCGCCUGUCUGAUCGCCAGCUCCGUCAUGGUCUUGCCGCGAUGAUCCAACAUCACCUCAUAUAUCACUACACCUCUUACGACGAGGGCGUCACUUAUUACGAGCCCAACCCACAGGCUGCGUAUUACCUCGUCCGGUCCGGCAAGAUUCUCGAAUUCAUCCAAGAGCGGCUAGGCAGUUAUGCGGCCACCGUCAUGUCGACCAUCAUGUUCCUCGGACACGCCCAAAUAAGCCAUCUCGAGACACUGCCAGAGCUGAGACCCGGACAAUCUAGAGUGAAUGGGAUCAACGGCGACUCUCCAGGCGAAGAGUCCAACGGAACAGCAAAUGAGCAUGAGGUGGGAGAUCCAGGUGGACAGUCAGCCUUGCUUCAUCCAACAUUGAAGGCAUUGGCAUCUCAUGGAUAUCUGAUCCGCGUCCGUGACGCGCAAUUCCAAAGUUAUGCGGAUAAUGCGCUCGAUGCUGAACGUGCGAUCAAAUCGCGCCCCGACGUCAAACAGAUGAAAGGUAAACGGCUCGAGGAAACUGUUCUAGAUGGCACACUUUCCAUGUUAAGGGAGAAAUUAGACGGAGAUCUAACCCGUGGAUUGAUGCAUAACGGACUACCGCGGGGUGCCAAAAGAAGGCCAGGUAACGGGUCCGGGAACGCCUCAAACCAAGAUGCCCGGGUGGACUACGAUAUGGAGGAUGAAGAUGAGGAGGAAAAUGAAUGGUCUGAUGACGAUAUGGGGGGGGAUACCACUCCCAUGGAGUCUGGAAUAGUUGUCCGUGUCAACUACGAAAAACUGGACGUGGCUCUCCGGAAUCGUCGAUUCCUCGAUCUUGCUGAGAUGCACUCAUCACCGGCCACAGUCCAGGUCUACGAAUGUCUUCUAAGACGUAUCGAAUACCAGACCAAACAAUGUCGGGACAGCGUUGAAAUCCCUCGCGAAGGUGAGGAAGGCGAGCAAUAUUCCGUUGCUGUCGCCCUGAGUGCGGUGACAGAAGAGGUCGACCCGCAAUUAGAUCUCGCGGGCUCCAUCGGCCCCAUGGAGAUCCCACAGCCUGUCAACAAGCGUGGAAAAAGGCCGUUAGAUGAUGUUGGUGUCAAUGGGAACAGUCAUCAAGAGUCCGAUGCACCUAGCCGGACCUAUGAAAUUGACCAGCACCUCAGUCUCCUCUCCCAACCCCCUUACAACCUGACCUCAAAGCGUGUGGUAUCCGGCAUCAUCACCUGGACUGUGGAGUUCCGACACCUGGCGCGUAAACUCCGCCAUCUAGAACUCGAACGUAUCAUCGAAGCCCGCUACGGCGACGUUGCUCUACGAGUGAUUCGCGUUCUCCACGCCAAGGGCAAACUUGACGAGAAACGCCUCCAAGAAAUCAGUCUCCUUCCAUUUAAGGAUCUGCGACAGGUAUUGGCCAGCAUGCAAUCCGGUGGAUUUGUUGACUUGCAGGAAGUACCGCGAGAUGCACAGCGACAGCCGUCACGCACAAUCUACCUCUGGUUCUACGAUCCGGACCGCAUCCGUAAUAGCAUUCUGGAGGAUACAUACAAGGCUAUGUCUCGGUGCAUGCAGCGCUUACGGUUCGAGCGGACUCGGCUCAAGGAAUUCUUGGAGAAGACCGAGCGCAGUGACGUCAAAGGGAAUGAAGAGCGGUAUCUAUCUCCGGCGGAGCUCACCCUGUUAGGGCAAUGGAGAAGUAAGGAGGCCCUAUUGCUGGGCGAAAUCACCCGGUUGGACGAGAUGGUGGCAGUCAUGCGAGACUACUGACAAGGGUGGAUUCACACCAACCCUAUCUCUAAUAUCUCUAAUGGCAACGCCAUCACGAUAAUGUAUACCGAACUAGUGAUACCACCCCCUGUGUCCAUUUUCGACACUCCUUUGAUGCCGUAAGCUACCUGUUGACCAAGUGAUGCAUGACACAUGGGCUACACAGGCCAAAUAUUGUAUAACUUUCAAAGUCUAGUGGGACGCCUGAAUCUGAU